CCAGUUAUCCCCCUUUCCCGCCAUUAUCGCCAAAACCCCACUUCCGUUUCAGUUCCUUUGAAAAUAGCGCACUCGUUCUCGUCUUACCCGUUACUCGUUAGGGCUUUGACGUCCGACGAGCAAGAUCGUGGUCACGACGAUGGAGGACUCGGAGCGUUUCCCCGGUCCGGCGGGUACUCCCACACCAUCCGGGGCGGGGACUAUCAAGAGGAUCCGAUUGGAGAAUUUCAUGUGCCACAGUAAUCUACAGAUUGAGCUCGGCCCGCGGAUCAAUUUCAUCACCGGCCAGAAUGGGAGUGGUAAAAGUGCAAUACUUACUGCAAUUUGCGUAGCCUUCGGAAGCAGAGCUAAGGGGACGCAGAGGGCGGCCACACUGAAGGAUUUCAUAAAAAAUGGUUGCAGUCAUGCUGCUGUUGAAGUGGAAAUAAAAAAUGAAGGACAUGAUGCAUUUAAGCAUGAUAUUUAUGGCGAUGCCAUAAUUUUAGAGCGUCGAAUCAAUCAGUCCGGUGGCUCCAUGACUCUAAAGGAUCACCGAGGAAGAAAAGUUGCAGGUCGGAAAAAUGAUAUUCAGGAGCUCAUUGAUCAUUUUAAUAUUGAUGUGGAGAAUCCUUGUGUAGUGAUGAGUCAAGACAAAAGUAGGGAGUUCCUGCAUUCUGGGAACAAGAAAGACAAAUUCAAGUUUUUCUUCAAGGCUACUCUUCUUCAGCAAGUUAAUGAUACCUUGCAAAGGAACACGGAAGGACUGAAGUCAGUAAGUGCCGCUGUUGAUGAAGACGAGGCUUCUAUUAAACCAGUAGAGAAAGAACUUGAAGACUUGCAGAGAAAAAUUAGAAACAUGAAGCAUUUGGAAGAAAUUUCUCAGGAGAUAGAGGUUUUGACGAAGAAGCUAGCAUGGGCAUUGGUUUAUGAUGUAGACAAGAAAAAAAAGGAGCACAUUGUGAUGAUGGACACACUCAAACAACGUGUUCCUGCUUGCCAAAGAAAGAUAGAUGAGCAACUAGCUAAGAUGGAAUCCCUCAAGGAAAAAUCAUCAAAGAAGAAGGGUCAAAUUGAUUGCCUGAUUGUCAAAGCAUCGGAAGUGAAGAGUAAGCAGAAGGAAUUCGAGGAGUCUAUUUCUAUGGCCAGAAAGGAGAAGAUUGAGUUAGAAGAAAAGCAUAAGCGUGCUACUAAUCAGAUUGACGACAAGGAGAAACAAGUAUCAAAACAUAAGCGGCAAAUUGAGGAAAUUAAAGAGCAGCAUCUUAGAAACACACAGGCUGAAAAAUCUGAAACAGAGGAAAAGAUCAGAGAACUUAAACGCACAAUAGAUGCUGCAACCGACUCACUCUCAAGGUUAGAGAAUGAGGAAUUUGGCUCAACAGAUUACAGGGAUAAGAUAGAAGGUGAAACUGAUGAGAUUGCUAAACAGAUUUCAGAUAACGAGAGAAAACAAAAUGUUCAUCGGUCAGCCAUUAUAGAGCUUCAAAAUAACAGAAGAAACAAGGUCACAGCAUUUGGAGGAGGUAAAGUCCUUCAACUUCUGCGUGCAAUUGAAAACCAUCGUCAUCAAUUUAAAAGGCCACCAAUAGGUCCAAUUGGCGCUAAUAUGGCCUUAGCAAAUGAUGAUCGAUGGGCUCUAGCUGUUGACUGUGCGCUUGGGAAGCUGCUCAAUGCGUUCAUUGUGACAAAUCAUAGUGAUUCUGUUCUUCUAAAAAAUUGUGGAAGAGAAGCAAAUUAUGGUCACCUGAGAAUCUACAUAUAUGACUUCGAACGACCAAGGUUAAACAUACCUCCUCAUUUGCUUCCCGGUACAAAUCACCCAACUGUUCUAUCUGUUAUACAUUCCAGCUAUGAUACAUUGCUGAAUGUGCUGAUAGAUAUGGGUAAUGCAGAAAGGCAAGUCCUUGUCAAGGACUAUGACACCGCCAAGGCAGUUGCUUUUGAUCAAAGAAUGUCAAAUGUGCAUGAGGUUUACACGUCAGAUGGAUAUAGAAUGUUCUGUCGCGAGUCAGUGCAGACAGUGCUUCCCCCAAAUCAGUGGCUUAGUAAGCGUCUAUGUGCUUCAUUUGAUGAUCAAAUCAUUGAUCGUGAGCAACAGGUCCAGGUUCUUGCUAAAGAAGCUGAAGAUCUACGACAGAGGAAGCGGGAUUCUGAGGGAAGUCUACAUAGUCUUGGAGAAACACUGCGGUCAGCGAAGAAGAAACGCUGGGACGCUGAGCGGGAGUUGGCAUCUAUGAAACUAGAGCUGGAGGAUUUGGAGCGAUCAACUGACAGUGCUAGUAUGUCGCUGCCAACAUCAACUUUGCGCAGAAGAUAGAAGAAGAGAUAAAGCACAAACAGACUACUGUAGAAAAGCUUCAGUUUGAAAUUGGAAAAGCUGAAGCAAAAUUUAAGGCUCUGAAGAUGUCCUUUCAGAGUUUAUGUGGUAUGACUAGUGUUGGUGGAUUUCUCUUUUAGGAAAAAAGAUCACCUUAGGAUUAGUUUCUCUUUGGCUUAAUUGUAAAACUGUAGAUUCAGCAAAAGAAGAUUUCAAGACCCUGGAUGAUGCUGAGAUUGAGCUGACGAAGAUUGAGACCGAUCUGAAGACUGCUGAGGAGGAGCAUCAGAUGGACUAGAUAGCAGCAGUCCAGAGCAACUCAGUGCCCAUUUAAGUAUACGGAAAGAUAGGCUUCACAAGGAGAGUCAGCAGUAUGUCCUGAUAUGCUGAACAUUAUAUAUUCCUUUAGUGAUUUAAAUGAAAAGGUCUUACACUUACAUUGGCAGGUUUUCAGAAUCUAUUGAUGAUCUGAGAAUGAUGUACGAGGAAAAAGAAAAUAAAAUUCAAAAGAGAAGACAAUGGUGUAAAACAUUCAGAGAAAAAUUGGAGGUCUGCGUGAAAGCAUUAGAGUUGCGGUGGAAGAAGUUCGAGAGCAAUAAGAACAGCGCAAGGCGUGAUUUAACUUGGAAUUUCAAUGAUCAUCUGGGAAAGAAAGGAAUAAGUGGGAACAUCAAAAUUGACUACGAGGAAAAAAGUCUGGGAGUGGAGGUGAAAAUGCCACAAGAUGCAUCAAAUAGCUCAGUUCGCGACACAAGAGGGCUUUCAGGUGGUGAGCGCUCCUUCUCAACUCUAUGCUUUGCACUAUCACUUCAUCAGAUGAUAGAGUGUCCAUUCCGAGCGAUGGAUGAGUUUGAUGUAUUUAUGGAUGCGGUGAGUCGCAAAAUCAGCUUGGACACACUGGUGGAUUUCGCGCUAAGUCACAAAGCUCAGUGGAUAUUUAUUACUCCUCACGAUAUCAGCAUGGUGAAACAAGAUGAGAAUAUAAGGAAGCAGCAAAUGGCAGCGCCUCGAUCUUAGGCAUUCAACGAUGCACGUUCACUGGUUCGAUCUUAUUGUUUGAUGAACAGCUUCUGGAAAUUUUCUUUUGAUUUUUGUACAUAGUAUCAAGGGUCCAAAAUCUGUGCUGACUCUUCUUCUCAAUUGCAUGCAUGCAUGCAUAUCCCACCACCAUGCAUGCCAUUACAAUUAGGGUUUUGGGGGUUUCUUCGGUUGAAAUUAAUUUAUGCCGUUGGGCCUGCUUCUCCAAUCAAAGCAGAAAAUUGAGUUCCCUGCC